GCCAAAGAUAUUGCGCAAAUGCGCUGCUAAAUAGCCUAGAUUUUUCCACGCAUGUAUUUUCUGUUGCGGCGUUUGUUGGCGAAAAUUUUUACUGCUCUCUUGGAAUGAGUGGUUGAGAUUUCCACUUUACAAGCAAACGUCUGUCGAUUGUUCAUCGCCAAUCAACACGAGUUCCAUUGCCUUGGGCAGCAGCAGAGGUGCUGCGUUUUUGUGUAGCCUUUUCGUUUCAGCUGAAAUUAAGCCAUCUGGUCUUGCCAAAUUUUCUUUCUAAACCUUCCACACCUCGUCGUGUUUAUGUCUUUUUGCAAUAUAAACAAACUACUGUCGGUGAGAUUCACCUGUGCCCAGUGCCAAAGGCAUCCAUAUAGAAUACAAAAGCAACCCCCAGACAGGUUUAUGUCUUCACAGGCGCAUAAUUUCACACAUCCUUCACAUCUGCGCUGUUCCAGGCGGACCAAUAAAAACCAAAUUCACAAAGCCAGUAGUAGAAGAAACGGGAGAUCACAAUGUCUCUCAAUGUCAACAGAGCGGUCACUGACCAGUUCUACCGCUACAAGAUGCCACGUCUCCUAGCCAAGGUUGAGGGAAGUGGGAAUGGCAUUAAAACUGUCAUCAUAAACAUGGUGGAGAUUGGCAAGUCCUUAUGUAGACCACCUACAUACCCUACAAAGUUUUUUGGCUGUGAGCUUGGUGCCCAAACCCAGUUUGAUUUCAAGAAUAAUCGCUUCAUUGUAAAUGGCUCGCAUGAUGCUAACAAACUUCAGGACAUGCUAGAUGUCUUCAUCAAAAAAUAUGUGCUGUGUCCCGAGUGUGACAAUCCCGAAACCUUUCUGAUUGUGAAGAAAGGCAACAUUGGUCAGCGUUGUAUUGCCUGCGGUCACGUGGGUAUUGUGGACCUGCGUCAUAAGCUGAGUACAUUCAUCAUCAAGAACCCUCCUGAACAUGACCCAAGGAGCGUUGGAUCGUCAAAGACUGAACGCAAGGGGAAGAAGUCCCAGAGUAAACAACAGAAUGGAGAGGGUGAUGCCUGUCAAGAGGAGGAAGAUGCGAACUUAGAUGAUGGUGAUGAUGAGGAGUGGUCAGUUGAUACCAGUGAAGAGGCUAUCCGAGAGAGAAUGGGAGACUUGAGCAGUGGUGCUAAGGGCUUGACCCUCAAUGAUGACUUGGAGAAGACGGGACAGGAGAGACUCGACAUCUUCUAUAAAUUUGUAAAGGCAAAGAAAGCAGGAGGUGACUUAAAGGGGUGCGACAAGGAGUUUUUGGUAGAAGCAGAGCGUCUUGACAUAAAGGACAAAGGAGCUCUUAUUUUAGCUGAACUUCUCCUUGAUGAGCAAGUGUUGAAACAGCUCAAGCAGUAUCAGUAUCAUUUCUUGAGGUUUUUGAAUGACAAUCCUAAGGGUCAGAAGUAUUUCCUUGGAGGUAUUGAACAGCUGAUCGCUCUACAUGCCAAGGUUCUGGUUCCUAAGGUACCUUCAAUCUUCAAGGCUGUCUAUGAUCUUGACCUUGUCGAUGAAGAGGUCAUCCUAACCUGGGCUGCAAAGCCAUCCAAGAAGUAUGUUUCAAAGGAGAUAAUGCAACAGAUUCAUGAGAAAGCAGCUCCUUUCAUCAAAUGGCUCAAAGAGGCAGAAGAAGAAGAGUCCAGUGAGGAUGAAGUCGUGGUUGCUUUCAGUAACCGUGGAGGAGCUGGUCUCAAGGUGGAGAGUGCUCAACCAAACAAGACACCUGCUGCUCCACCACCUGCAAAGGAAGAAGAUGACCUUGACAUCGAUGAUAUCUAAAUACCGUCUCUACUGUGUACAUUGUCAAAAAACUGUCUUUAUUAUACACAUCUGCAUACCAGUAACCAUCUUCUCACAAGUUUAGAUAUGUUCUAUUUUCUGGCUUUCACUAGAAAGGGGAUGAUUUUGUGCUAUGGUAAGUGUGUUAUCUCCGGGUAUUUUGUGGUGGAAUUUUAUUUUAGUCGUAGGUUGCACAGUGAAAUCAGUAUGAUCCACAACAAGAAUGGAUGCAUUUGCUUUCUUAUGCUAUUAAAGGCAUUUUUCUCAUUUUCAUGGUAAAUAUACAGUUCAUAUUAUAUUAAAAUACAUUAUGGGUAGAUGUAAGUUAAGUUUGAUGACCUAUCAACGUGUGAUUAUAUUGUUGCUACCAUUCAAUGACAAAAAAAGGUAGAAAUAAAUUGAAAAUAAAUGAUGAAAUGGAUGGUAUUUUAAAAUCAGAAAAUGAUUAUUUGACUUGUGAGUCCAAAAUAGUUCAUAUUGGAGACUGAUUCUAUGGAUCUUAAUUUUUGUUUUUCAAUAUAGUAAGAUCAAACUUCGGAAUUGUUUUUAUAAUCUAUUGUGCACUAAUUGUUGAAUUUAUUGUUGCAAAGCAUGCUUUGAAAUUUAAAAAAACAAACAGCCAAUUAUUGAAACCUCAGAGCAUACCACUUAAUACAUUGUGUAGGAAAUGUACAUUGUAGAAAUGCUACUGUCAUAGUCCUAUUGGAUAUAUAUCACUCAGUAUAUUAUUCCAUUUUCAAGGUAACUGAAAUUUUGUCAUAUAUCAGCUUGUCAUUUGUUGUUUAUGUAAUGCAUAUCAGAGAUAUAAAUGUUACUACUUUUCUUCUGCAAAGGUGGUUAUGCUGCCUAUAAUUGUUAUAUCUUUUAUAGGGUCAAAUAUUUAAGUGGAUGGGUGAAUGAAGUGAACUGUUUGGAGGGGGGAGGAGUGUUACAGUUGUCAAAAGUUUACUUGAUAUCAAGAAAUGAAUUCAAGGAUCAAAAUCUUAUACAGUAGGACCUUGUAUUGCUUCUUAUCAAGACAAUCAAACCAUUGAAUAUUAUAGAUAUUACCGAAACAAAUUAAAAUUAUAACUUCUUGGAAAACUACAUCGUAUUUUGCUUAUUGCUUUCCAUGUUUGUUGAAAUGGAAUAGUCAUUCUAAAGUUGUUGUAUUUUGUGCAAACCUUUUACUGUGGAAUACAAGCUGAGAAUGUCUUGUUCAUGAGUAUUGUUAUUGCAUGCUACUCAUAUCUAUUAAAAUGCAGAUGAAUUGUGUCAUAAACUAA